CAAAUAUUUUGUUAUGUUCUGGAGUUGCCGGUCAUGGCUCUCUAGUUACUAUUGAAUUCCAUUUUGCACUUAAAACAUGGAUUCAAUCACUUUGUUGUGUUUCAUCCCCAAAUGUACAGCGCUUAUUCUUUGAGUAAUUUAAACAUAGAUCAGGUCAGAAGGCGAUUCAGUACCCUUAUACGCUCAGCGCAGAGUGAGCGAACCAGAAGUUCAUCUUUUCCACUGCAUUUUUCAGUCUGCUGUUUCUCUGUCACCCUUUGGCUUCUUGCAUUGUCCCUGGUUCUCUUGGUUUUCUUGCUCUCUUCCUUUUCUUUCUUCACCUCCUUUUCAUAAGGCUCUUCUCACACAUUUUACCCAACAUCUCAGUAACACCUCCCUGCCUGAUCCCCCUCUCUCCCUCAGAUCGUUCCUACUGUUGUCACUGCACUUUCUUCAGCUUUCUUCUCUCUAUAUGAUUCCUACUAACAACUGCCAUUCUCACCUCUCAAAUUCCAACAGCCAAAUCCCCAGUGUCACUCCCCAGCUGCUGUCUUUCAAGUCCAAAUCCCAGCUCUAACUGUCACCAUUCCCAACUGUCCCGGAGUGUUCUGGAACUUUUCUGUUUCUAAUGUUCCAGCCCUGUUUGCUGUAUGAUUAGCCUCCAGGAGGAAAGGAACAUCACUGUAUUUGGUCUCCUUACCUCUGUACCAUAGCAAUUGGAUCUCUCUCCAGGGCAUGCUGAAGCAUAUUAUUGAGGAGAAACUGCCUCAUUCCCUAUGUGAAUCUCCUAAGAUCCAUUAUUGUUGCUCUCUUCAUCUUCAGAGAGGCUGCUGAAUCACAUUAAGAGGCAGCUAAAAUACAGGAAGGAUAUAGUUUUCAAAAGUACCUAAGGGACACUGAAGGUAAAUGGGACUUGCUUCUACAUACCCGAGACACUUCUGAACAAGAGACUUAAGCUCCUAAGUCACUUAGAUAUACAAAUUAGAGUUUCAUGAAGGCCUAAAUAAACCAGGAAGAGCAGAGGAGAUGGAUGGUUGAAGGCACAGAGCUGGGAAUUGAGAGACUUCUGUUCAGUUCUGCCCCUGAUUUCUUUUGAUUUUGGCGUCCUCGCCUCUCACCGCGGCCAUCUUUAUUCCUGGCACCGACCCCCCUCGGCCUGUUCGCUUCCUGUGACCAGUCGGAACGCUCCCUCCGCACAUUUGGUCCCGGGGUCUAAGCCGAGCGCCGUUCUGGUCUCCAUGGGAACCUACGCGGCUGGCUUGGGAAGAUGGCGGCUCUAGAGAGGCCGACGGGGGCCGCCCGGGACCGGGACUCCAGGCUUCCGUGCUUCUAGAGAGUCGCCCCGCUACCGCCUGCCUUUCCCCCGCCGCCGGGAUGUUCGGGGACAGCGCGGCACGCGGUGCCGAUGUGGAGUCGCUGUGGCGAAGAGACCAGGGGACCCGCUGCGAGGCGAAAAGCUGCCAGACUGGGGAGAUCUCAACCGUGGAGGCUGCAGUACAAUCCCAUUCCAGCCGGGAUGCUGGCAUGCAGACCGAUCAAAGUGAGGAGACUAUCCAAAACUUGGAUCUCCAGAAGGAAGUUCCUGUGGAUUAUGCUGGCCUGCUCUCAUUCCUUCAGGGAGUGGAGGAUGUUGUUAUCAAAGAGCUGAAUAAAAACUGGAGAAGUCAUGCCUUUGAUGGCUUUGAGGUGAACUGGGUAGAUCAGAAUGAAACGGUGUCCUGUUUGCAUAGCUUAUCGUACCCAGAGGCUCAGGAUCAGAAAUUGCAGGUGACCAGCAUCUCCUGGAAUGUCACUGGAUCAGUUGUUGCAUGUUCUUAUGGCAGACUGGACGAUGGGGACUGGAGCACAGAAAAAUCCUAUGUUUGUACCUGGAAUCUGGACAGAAGGGGGUUAAAUCCAAAGCGUCCUGAUCUAGUGGUGGAUGUUCCCAGUUCUGUCAUGUGCCUGGCUUUCCAUCCAUCACAGCCAUCGUUGAUCGUUGGUGGCCUUUACAGUGGGGAGGUCUUGAUAUGGGACACGAGCAGGAUAGAAGAUCCCUUGAUCUGGAGGACAGGGAUGACAGAUGACACUCAUACAGAUCCAGUUUAUCAGGUUGACUGGUUACAGGACUCAAAGCACAGUCACCACUUCCAGAUUCUGAGUGUAUCCACAGACGGAAAGAUCCUUGUGUGGCAGACACAGAGAGAUGGUCAGCUGACGUUAGUUGAAGGAUUCGCCUUAGUUGCUCAGCAGAUCCCUCGGAGUAUGAAACUUAAGAAGCGCACACGUGGGGAGACAGCUGUGGGUGUGACCUCGCUCUCUUUCUCCUGCUUUGAUCCCAGUGUGUUUAUCAUUGGUGUGGAAGGUGGAUAUUCUCUCAAGUGCUCCACUGCGGUAGAGACUGCUGCUGUCCCUAGGACAGGUAGCUCUGUUACCCUCAAGGCACCUGCACAGUUUGCCUUUUCUCCUCAUGGUGGACCUGUGUACUGUGUAAGCUGCUCACCUUUCCACAGGAAUCUCUUUCUGAGUGGUGGCACUGAUGGACAUAUUCACUUGCACUCCAUGCUGCAGGCACAGCCCCUUAUUUCUCUCCAGUUAUCAAAGAAGUAUCUGUUUAGUGUGCGCUGGUCUCCAGUACGACCCUUGGUCUUUGCAGCUGCCACUGGAGAAGGAGAAGUGCAGCUGUUUGAUUUUGGAAAGAGCUCCCAGAAACCUGCAGUUUCUAUAAAGCAAGCUUCAGCUCAGACUCCUGUGUACUGCAUAGAGUUUAACUUCAAGCAACCUCAGCUUCUGGCAGCAGGGGAUGCCAGUGGCAUGCUGAAAAUAUGGCAGCUGAGUUCAGACUUUAUUCAACAGGGACCAAGAGAAAUGAAUCACCUUGAGCAGCUGGCAAAUGAAGUCACUGAUUGAGACACUAACAGGCCAGUGUUAUCAUUUGAAUCUUGCUACAGUCUAGGGUUGUUACUGUUUCUACCCAAAACUGGUCUGUAAAACAUGCUCUCCAUUACAAUGUAAUGGACAGCAAGGUCAGUCUUAGUCACUCUUACCCUCAUUACCUGAAGCUAUGUAAUGAGCAGGAGAGAGAUUCUACUGGACUUUGUUUGAGUCACACUUGAAA